GCUCUAGAUUUUCGAACGCAGCUGUUUGCCUUUUUCCGGCCAUGGUUGUAUUUUUUCGACGUACACGACGCCUCCGUCUGGGAGUCGUGCUCCUUUGUGCUUUUCUGGUAUGUGAGAUAGCUUUCCUGGGCCCUUCCCGGCCAUCAAAAUCGCCAGAUGCAUCCUCCACCAGAGUCGUCUCAAAGACUGUGGAGAUGAGCGACAUUAGCACUGCGAGAGUGGAAAGCCAAAUCGAGGAACACGUGAGCAUUCCGGAGAUCUUGAACCGCUACGGGCUGCCAGCGUUGGUAUUCCAUUUCGUUGUCUGGAUCACCACUCUAACGGCCUGCUACUUGGUUUUGUCCCUGAACACCGCCUUGCUCCAAAUGCUUCCGGAAGAGAUCCAGCAGAGAGUCAGUGCUGGAAGCACACUUGGCUAUGCAGCAGCUGCACUGGCUGCUGCCGAGAUUCUAGGCCCUGUACGAUUGGCUCUCACGGUGGCAGCGGCACCGACCGCAUCCAGAGUGGCAAGGCAGUACGAAUGGUUCUGCCGCAUGGAGGAAGCCAUUGUUGGAUUCAUCCAGGAUUUUGCAACAAAGGUGUCACAAGUCUUUGCAAAGGCAUGACAUCUGCGCGUGUUUAGAUGUUGAUGCUCAGAAGCAUUGUAUGCAUUGAGCGCACGUGGUCCAUAAGCAGAGUCUCACCCCAAGAUCGUUGGUGCUUC